AUGUACUACCCUGCUCGUACAUGUCAAUUUUCUUUCCUUAUAAGGACCCUGCUCAAACGAGCCUCACAAUCAUCAUUUGAACGUAACAUUUUGCAAUAUGGAGGACUACAACACCCUCCUCAUCCUCUUGGCUACCCUCUCCACCAUCCUCCUCCUCCACCUCCGGCGCCACCCCGCCACCGUCCAAUCUCUCCUCCCCUCCCUCCAUCUCCCCCUUCCCUCCCCAUCAUCGCCACCUGCACGCUCCUCUCCCUCCCCCUCCAUCACUCCCUCCUCCGCUCUCCGCCUAUACGGCCCGUAUUCCUCCUCCGUCUCGGCUCCCGUCGCGCCGUUGUCGUCUCCUCCGUUGCCGCCAUCCAAGAAUGCCUGGUCAAGAACGACCUCACCUUCUCCGACCGCCCUUUCCUCCCCAGCGUCAAGGACCUCACCUUCGACCACACGCCUUCGGCUCCACCCCGCUUCGGCCCCUCUGGCAAAGCCAUCGCCGACGCGCCCAAUGCCGUCCUCUUUUCCCCAGCCAUCAUCCAGUCCCUCUCCGCCGGAAUCAUCCAUCAAGAAGUCAAAGUCAUGCUAAGAUCCCUUCUCAGAAAAGGGAAAGGAGGGGGAGGAGUCUGCACUUUACGGCCGAAGCUGUCUGAGCUGACGAUGAAUGUGAUAAUGAGGGCGGUAGCAGGGAAGCGGUGCUUCGGGGAGGAUGAAGACGAUGCUACGGAGAUCGGGAGGAAGUUUCGUUGGGCCGUGGAGGAGUACUUCCGCCUGAUAAACGCUGUGAGCGUGGCGGAUCUUUUGCCGUUCUUGAAGUGGGUGGGUGCGGGGUUGUGGGAUAGAGCGGAGAGGAGGAGGGUGAGGAGGGAGCUGGGUGACCUGGUGGCUGAGUUGUUGGACGAGGUAAGAAAACAAAGAUGCAACAAGAAGAAAGACAAGAAGAGCAUUAAUACUGCUAAUACUACUGUAGUUGAGGCUUUGGUGGAGAUGCAGGAGAGGGAGGGGGAGGACCACUACAACGGAAACUACCUCGAAGGAAUGAUACAGAGUCUGUUAAUAGCUGGGAUUCCCACUAUAACCGAACAACUUGAAUGGACCAUGGCUCUUCUCCUCAACCAUCCUGAAGCCAAGAACAAGGCAACCUCUGAAAUAAACUCCCUUGUGGGUCAUGAUCGCCUUCUCGACUACUCUGACAUCCCCAAUCUUCCCUACCUCAGCAGCAUCGUCAAAGAAUCCUUUCGGCUCUGCCCUGUCGAUCCCCUCCUUGUCCCCCGCGAAUCAAGAAAUGAGUGCACGAUCGGAGGAUUCCAUGUUCCUUCGGGUACCAUGCUAAUUCCAAAUGUGUAUGCAGUGUACCAAGAUCCUGAGCACUGGACUGAUCCUACGAGCUUCAAGCCUGAAAGGUUCUUGGAUGCUGAGGAGAAGAUGAAAGAUCUGGAGACUGUGUAUUUUCCUUUUGGGAUCGGAAGGAGGAAUUGUCCGGGGUCAGGUUUGGCAAUGAGAGUGAUACUCAUGGCUUUAGGAGGUUUGCUUCAGUGCUUCGAGUGGGAGAGAGUCGGAGAGGAGCUCGUAGACAUGACUGAGGGUCGGGCUUUCGAUGUGCCCAUGCUUAAGCCCUUGGUGGCCAAGUAUAAGGCUCGGCACGCUAUGCUGCCUCUUUUAUCUUGAUCAUUAUCAAGGUAAGUAAGUCCCUCUAUGUUUUUGGUUUUUUAUGAUGAAUCAAUCUAGUUGUGGGCCUCCUCAUAUGUAGAGGGGCGUCAUUUAAAUAAAAAGUCCAUAUAUUUGUCCGAGAAUGCGAAUAAAAUUCUUGUAAUAAUAUGGAAAAUAGAAACAUUACUAGUAUUUAUGAAUCUGGUUUAAUGAAGGGGACCCAUCAUACAUGCAUGAUUAAUACUCAUGAUAUGUAUGCUGUAAAUUGUUUGUAAAGAAAAGAUCAAGUAGUU